AUGCAAAUGCACUUGAAUUCACUCAAGUCGAUUGACUUCUGCAGCUUAAGCUCACAAUGGCAUUGA